UCCAAUAGAGGACGACAAGGAGACAGAGAUCUGGCUUUGGCUAACGAAAUGCCGGCGGCCUGGGGUGAAAGGUCACCCAGGUAAAAAUAUGGCGGAACGUGGGGACGUCCGCGUGGUUCACCGAAGUGGCAGUAAAAUUAACUUCAGAGAACCUGUAAUAAGCAAUGAUUCAAGGUUCCUGUUGUGUGCCUCGGGAGAGUGUGUAAAGGUCUUCAGCAUCUCCACGGAAGAAUGUAUUCAUGACCUGAGGGGACACACAGACCUGGUAACUGGUGUCCAGCUCAAACCAUCCAACCACUUGCAGGCCUACUCCUGUUCAGCAGAUGGCACUAUUAGACUUUGGGACUUCACAGAUGGCAUCCUCAUGAAGACGUAUGUCGUCGGAUGGCCGAUUUACUCGAUGUACAUAUCUGCAAGCCACGAAGGGGUCAUCUUUGUUGUUACCCACAGUGACAAAAAAUCUGAGGUUUGUCAGCUGGUUGCAGUACACCUGCCACAGUGCGGGGAUCAGAUCGUGGAAGCCAGAGAACUCUCCGCAGUGAUGAGUAACAUCAGUUCCAACCCAGCAGCCAUCUCCUUCGGGAGACAGGGAGAAUAUUUAGCCUCAGCAAAAGAUUUGCAGCUGGACAUCUACUUCUUCAAGAAGGAAAAAACAUACAGUUUUUUCCUUAAAGAAGACAACAAGAAAGGAGGCAAGAACACCUUUACAUGCGUUACCUGUCACCCAAAAGACGACUGCAUUGCCACUGGUCAUGAAGAUGGCAAGAUCCGGCUCUGGAGAAAUUUUAACCACAAAAAAGAGUACACAUACUCCACCCUGCACUGGCACCACACUACUGUGAGCUCACUGGUCUUCACUCCAGAAGGCACCAACUUGCUGAGUGGAGGAGUGGAGUCGGUGCUCGUUCAGUGGCGAUACAACCAAGAGAGCCAGCGAGACUUCCUACCUCGGCUGGGUGCCGCCAUCACAUACAUUGCCGUCUCACCUGAUGGAGCGCUGUUCUGUACAUCACACAGUGACAACAAGAUCACUAUCAUCCAGAGCUGUGUUAAAGUGUCAGCUGUCAUCCAGGGUCUGGUCAAAGGUGAAAAUAUCAACACAGAUCUGAUGGUGGACCCACGAAGCAAAGCUUUGGUACUAAAUGGAAAACCAGGGCAUCUCCAGUUUUACUCCCCUCAGAGAGAUAAACUUCUGUACAACCUAGACAUUGUGCAGCAGGAGUACAUUCACCAAUCAGGCCUGGAGCAGUUUGAGGUAGUCAAAGCAGCAUUUGAUGGCUCCGGUAACUGGCUGGCAACAGUGGAAGAAAGAAAGCAGAGAGCCACCGAGCUGGAGCUUAAUUUAAAACUUUGGGCAUUUGACGAGCAAAUGCAAAGUUUUGUGCUGAACACGACCAUCUCGGAUCCCCACGAGGCAUGGAUUAAUGCCAUAUGCUUUGACCAGGCAGCCAGUAGUCAGACCACCAUGCUAGUCUCCACCAGCAGAGACGGAUAUUUCAAAGCCUGGCAGCUGGACGCAACAGCCCACACAGAGGAUGAAAAUCCUUCCUGGUCAUGUGAUUUUGUUGGAGCAUAUCACAGCCUGGCACCUGAACACUGCUGUUUCUCAGCUGACGGCUCUCUACUGGCUGUUAGCUUUCAGGAGGUGGUGACAUUGUGGAGCCCCACCUCCUGGGAGCUCCUGGUUACUCUGUCGCAACCACCAGGAGCUAUCAGGGAUCUUUGUUUUGGCCGAGGAAGCUGUUCCAAAUAUCUGCUUGGUUCCACUGCCAGUAACCAGCUCUGCUGCUGGAACCUUCUAACCUGCUCCUUGGAAUGGAGCACCUCCAUGGACAUCAGUCUUCUCCUGGCUGAUCCCCUCUCUGAGAACAUGGUUGUUUUUUGCUACCAAGAGGGAGCCACUGAUUUGUUUGUGUUCAAACCCUGCGAGCCUCGGCCACUGUUUUCCCACAAGGCUGUGUGCUCAGGGAAGGUGACCCGUGCCAUCUUCGCCCCAAGGGAGGUGAUGCUGGAAAGCAGUGUGGAAAGCAGCCAGUGGCUUAACCGUUCUCAGCUUUACUUCAUCACCGAAUACAUGGACCUACUUAUGUUUACCACCAAAGCAGAAGAGGAAAAACUAAUGGCUUCCAGCAAACAGUUUGUUAUUGAUGACACUGUUGCCAUGACACCAUUCUACCUGUUGCUUGGGAAACAUCAAGAUCUGCAACUGGAAAAUCAAGAGCCAGAAAGCAGUCUGUAUGCCGAGAGAACAGCUCUGCCUCAGAGCUCUGUUGCCAUAAAAGAGCUUUUGCAAACUCCAGCCCACGUCCUGCCAUCUACUUCUUUCCUUUGCUCACUCUUCGUACAGUCUCUGCUCAUCUCUGGCACUGAUACCAGCUUCAGAGGGGAAGAUAAACAACCAGAGGAGGAAAUGGAAAGGGAAAAAGAGGAAGAGGAUUCAGAUGGGGAAGUGGAAUCCAAAGUCUCAAGACCUGGACAGUUCGGGGGCCAGGAAGCAGAAAACGCUGUGCCCACGUUAACAAAGGCUCAGGUUAGAGAGCUACGGAGGAUGAAGAAACUUGACCACAGUUGGCUCUCAGGCCUCCUGGAUUCUUGAAAAAGACCAUAUACUCUCACGCCCCUACCUGCAAGUUUAUCCUGAAAAGUGGAAAAAAUAAACGCUGACAAAGUGUGUCAGCUCUAUGCGUUUAAACAAUCUCCCCAGUUUUUCCACAUUAUAACUCGAUAUAUCUACCAGAAGAUUCAUAUGUUGCCAUGUCAUUCCUGUGAAUCUUUUUCUCUUAUUUUCUUGUUGGAUAAUAAAUAUUUUUUACAAAGUGAGUUGUUUUUUUUGUUCCACUUGUUUUUAUCUGGACUUUGCCACAAAUGCGAAAGUAUACAACACAAAAUGACUUCCUCUUACUGUUUACUUGUUACAAUUAGUGCUGCGUUGUAAGCAUUUGCAAUUUUUUUGCUGUUCAGAGGUAGCAUUCUUUUUUAUGUGACCAUGCCACUACACAGCUCCAAAGGUUUCUAUGGCAAUUUUCCCGUAAGCCUUUGCACACAGUAAUGGCUGGCCAGGCAGGAAUGUGUUUGACUGGAUGUAAAUCGCUACAUGUUCAGCAUCCGGACAACCUCAGAAAUAUUUUUCCAUAAAUACACUGCUGUUACAC